AGGGUGCACGCGCACUUACUCACUGUGCACACGUCUCCUCUGAUCUGAUGUUAGCUAGCUGGAAGCUAGCCCGCGACGCCUUUUCAUAAUAUGCUGUACAUUUUUGCCUGUGGUUCCAGAGUGGUUAGUCGACGUUUUCUGUAAGGGUAUAACUGUUAAAGUUAAAGUCCACGUUUUUGACAAUCUUCUGAUUCUAGCAACAACAGGCCAGCAACUGGACUAUAGCUAGCUACUACUACUGACCACAGCAGCUUGACUUCAGUUUUAACACCGAGGCCUCGUUCUCUCCGUCCUCAGAAAGAUGAGCUUUCUAUUUGGCAAUCGCUCGUCCAAGACUUUUAAACCCAAAAAGAACAUACCAGAGGGCUCUCAUCAAUAUGAGCUUUUGAAACACGCAGAGGCUACACUGGGCAGUGGGAACCUCCGAGUGGCAGUCAUGCUCCCAGAAGGAGAGGAUCUGAACGAGUGGGUUGCAGUCAACACUGUGGAUUUCUUCAACCAGAUCAACAUGCUGUAUGGCACCAUAACAGACUUCUGCACCGAGGAAAGCUGCCCUGUCAUGUCCGCUGGGCUCAAGUAUGAGUACCAUUGGGCAGAUGGAACCAACAUCAAGAAGCCAAUUAAAUGUUCAGCUCCCAAGUACAUUGACUAUCUAAUGACCUGGGUGCAAGACCAACUCGAUGAUGAGACGCUUUUCCCAUCCAAAAUAGGUGUGCCCUUCAAGCGGAACUUCAUGUCGGUGGCCAAGACCAUCCUGAAGCGCCUGUUUAGGGUUUACGCCCACAUUUACCACCAGCACUUUGAUUCUGUCAUGCAGCUGCAAGAGGAGGCUCAUUUAAACACAUCGUUCAAACACUUCAUCUUUUUUGUACAGGAGUUUGGCUUGAUUGACAGGAAAGAGUUGGUCCCACUACAGGAGCUGAUUGAGAAACUGACAACCAAGGACAGAUAGGCUGUGAGGUAUUCCUGCAGCCUGUGGUCUAUACUUAGUUUGCACAGAUACCCACCCUAUGAGAGCUAUUGUAUGCAGUACGUGAAUAAUGUGUUCUUGAUAUGGCCAGGAUUGAGGAAGCCUGUACUUCUGUUAGGCACCUGGAGAUACGGUAUGGAGUUAGCCUAACCCUUUAGCGCUAGCUUUUUGCUGGUACAUUUAUUAACCUAUAUUAACAGUUUCGGCAAACCUCAAGAAACGUAUUCCUUUUCUGUUUGCAUUUAUCUUGAAAUUAUUGGAAUAUCCCUACUACAAGUGAAGAGGUACAUAUAUUAGGAAGGUUCGAGUGGUACAACAGUGUGAACAAAUGGGUUGUUGGUGACAUUUUUCCCCCCAACUACAUUUCCUGACUAGUCAAUGAAUAACCUUAUCUUCUGCUUAGGCCUUGAAACUACUGUUAUAGAAUUACAAGACCUUUACUUAUCGAGUCCCUUAAAACCACCAGUAACUCCACAUUCCCAAGUGCCUAACAUGGCUCAUGUUCACUCUCCAUCUGGUACCGUAGACCUUUUACUGUAGGAUAAACCUAACACUUAGUCUAGGAAAAGACAGUUUUAGCCCUACUCAGAUUAAUGCAGAACCUCCCCCUUCCUCCCUUCCCAGAUCACGCGCAAUAUAUGAAUCUGUGUUUUUUAUGGUUAGUUAUGAUCUUAUCAGCUCCACAUUUGUAACCCAUAGGAUGCCUCUGUCUUGUAUUAUCUUACCAGCCAUGAAGCACUUUGUAAAACGUUUUUAAAUUCUCGCCCCCAUUUUUUCCUGAAUGUUAAUGCAACGUUAUUUGUGCCCGCACAGAAUGUCAAUGCAAUGCUUAACUACCCAAUGAAAGAUGGGAUUUAUUAUGCUUUUGUAUGGUCGUUUGGUAGUGCUGUGCUUCAGAGAGCAGAAGCGUGGACAUCCCAACAUGAAAAUGGAUUGUACUAUGCAAAAACUGUUAUGCUAGGUUUACACUGGAGAUGAAAAGCAUUGUUUAUUUUAGUCAUGUACUUCUGACCAUUUAACAACAAUUUUCAAGUGGGAACAAUUGAUUUUGCUCUUCUAUUUUCUCUUUGUUUUACCUAAAAGUGAUAGCAAUGAAGAGUGAGUAUGCAGUAAGGGUUGAAAGCAAUGAAUUUCAUUGUUUUUUUAAAUGUUAUUUUCUAAACUUUUCUUUAUUAAGAAGAUGUGAAAUGUAUGGGAGGUAACCCACACAGCAUAUACAAUAGGGUUUGGUGUUUCUUGGAAAGCAUAUUUUAUAAGCAUGGUGUGAUCCUUGGGGUUUAGCCCAGUUUUAAAGGGGACUUUCGCCUUUACCCUCUUCACGAUAUUUUCCGAAGUCUACUAAAUGCUUUGUUGUCAUUUAGUCUAGCUUAUGCGUUAGAUAUUGAAUGUGAUUCUUCAUCAGACAACCUGAAACGUUGUAAUUGUAACAAAGCCAUCUAUUUGUCAUGCCUCUUUGCUCUAUGAAAAUACUCAUGGCACAGGUUGAUACUGUACCUAUAGUGUAUAGUCCCCUGGCUGUAAUAUAAUCAAGUGAAUCGGUUGUAAAUAAUGUGGUUGAGGGGGUUUUCAAAGCUACUGAAUUGAAUGAAUGCUGUUUACAAGGCAAAUAAAGAGGAUCUUUGAAAGCGUUA